UUCAGAAUUUGCUCAUGGUUUAGUUUAUAUUGGAUAUUUGUUUUCUUUUAGCUUGAUGCUUCGAUUUACUGAUGAUGUGUUUGAUCCAGGACUCUCUGCAACAAUAGGAGUAGAUUUCAAAGUGAAAGUUCUGGCAGCUGAUGGAAACAAAGUCAAAUUAGCCAUAUGGGAUACUGCUGGUUCAGAAAGAUUUAGAACUUUGACACCUAGCUAUUACAGAGGAGCACAGGGGGCAAUACUGGUUUAUGAUGUAACUAACAGGACUAGUUUUCAGAAGCUUGAUAUUUGGCUAAAUGAACUUGAGACCUACUCUACAAGGUCUAAUGUUGUGAAAAUGUUAGUAGGCAAUAAAAUUGAUAAGGAAAAUAGAGAGGUUACUCGAGAAGAAGGAAUAAAAUAUGCACGUAAACAUUCCAUGUUAUUUAUUGAGGCUAGUGCUAAAAGAUGUGAUGGAGUACAGUGUGCUUUUGAAGAAUUAGUAGAAAAGAUUAUUCAAACACCAGGAUUGUGGGAGACUGACAAACCAACAAACUUAAGGCUAAGUGAUAGCACAUUGCCACAACACUCUGGUCAGUGCGGAGGUUACUGUAUUAUAUAAUUAUUACAGUUAGAUAUAAACAUAUCGCCAUUCCAAUGGACCAGUCUAAGAUCCACCAGUAUCUGUUACUGUCAGCAGAUGAAUGAUGUGCAAGAAUAACCAUGUGAUGCUGCUUUUUUUUUGUAAGAGAUUAAAAGUGACUUCUCUUGUGGUGAGAUUUCAAAUUUCAAGACAAGUCUUGCUUAUCAUUACUGACCAACAGGUUAUGUUCUUUCUGAAAAGAACCUGUUUUCAUGAACUAAAAAGACUCAAACAUAUGCAUAGUAGAUUUCUUUCAGAUAGUAUUGGAUAAAAAAUAAUGAAGCUGUGGUUUUCAGGUUAUGAAUUUUGCAGAUCCUUAGUAGAUGCCAUUCAAUCAAUUGCCAUAUAAAGUGUCUGUAUACUUUAAGUCUCUAGUCAUACCUACCUUGUUUUGUAGAUUAUGUAUUAAGACUGUUUUUAAUUGUCAUUUCUCUGUGGAACCCUAUAAAUCUGAUGGUGAACCAUACAAUAAUAAUAUAUAUUGCCUUGGGACAAAGAAAGGUAUAGUUGUUGUACACUACUGUAUAUUUUUAGCCUGCAUUUCAUUUUAAAAAUAAAAUUAAACUGUAGAUCAUUUAAUU